CGCAGUAUUCAGUGCAGGUAAUGUGUUCAUGCAUCUGAAUGAGGAUCAGUGAUGCAAAUGGCCUUCAUCAUUGUGUGGGAUAACAGAACAUAGGGCUGAAAACUUCAGGGCCACAUCUGCACUCAGUGAAGUUGUGACAACUCAAGUCUGUGUGCGACUUGACUCUCCAACCAACAAGAUGCAGAACAGGACUGAGAAGUUUGGAGCUCAGCUGCAUCAGCGAGGUCUGUUCAGGAAGAGCGCCACAUACCUGGCCAAGAUCGCUGUCGUCCUCCAACACGCUCCAGGCAAGAUGCUCACUUUUACUCAGCUGAUGGACAGGCUGGCACCACUCAUCUGUGAAGAAAGAAAAUCUGUAGAGAACAACAUCAGAGUGUGUUUAUCAACCCACUCAUGUUUUGUCAAGAUUCCAGUGAACACAGAUUCGCUGGACAGUAAGAGGAACUACUGGAAACUGGACUCCAGUCAGAUCACAGCAAAGAUGGUGCGUCGUCACUUUAAAGGAAUCCUGCAGCUCUUCCCUGAGUUGGCCUCCAAAGUGCAAACAGAGAACAGGAGCAGACCAUCAGAGCACUGCUCAGCUCUCCGCUCUCCUGAACCUGCAGCCUGCAAAGCUGUUCAGGUCAGAUGUGAGGUGAAGUUCAGCAGUCCUUUCUCCAUCGAAUCCCUCCUGAAGAGAGACAGCCCCUCAGCUCGGCCCUCCGGAGCUUCUCCUCUGUCCAGUGUGCCGGUCAGAGCGGAGCAGCAGCCUCAGCCCGCACACACACGAGUCGUGACAAAGAGGAGUCUCAGGUGGGACUCUGAGGAGCCUCUUCUCCUUCAGGCUUCAUCUGGAAGUUCCUCCAUCUGCUCAACAGGGGGCAGCACACACCAUGGACUCACUGCGAAUGGAGCUGCUAAGCCCAUCAAGAGGAUGCAUGUGAACACAGAGCCCUCACUCCCUGUCUACACCAGAGCUGCUCCUUAUUUCACCAGCCCACACAGCAGUUACAUCACUUACUCUUUACCAGCAUUUACCCAUGAUGCUCUCCGGUUUCGUUUGUGAAAAUGUUUUUCCUUCCUUCCAAAUUGCACUUUUUAAUGUUUUUUUUAAGUGGAAGAUACACUUUAGUGUGAUUUUUCUUUUGGAUCAGACACAUUUUCAAAUCACACAAGGCCCAUAUGUGGUCUCAUGUGUGUCUUAUGUGUGUCUCAUUGUGUCUUAAGUCUUUCAUUUAUUUGUGGCUUUAUUUUGAUGGCUAUGAGUAGACGAAGAUCUCCCAAAGAUCUAGUUGAAGUAGGCUCAGAUUAAAGACUUGAAAAGAAAUGUAUUGUUCAACAGUGUAGUGGUGUGCAUAUUUUUUAAUGGUUUCUUUUGUGUUUGAGGUUAGCAUGAUAUGACCACAAGGGAGCAGGAUAGUAUUUCAAAGUAAUGCUUGAAAUGGGGUGAUUUUCAACUUAAAAAUGAUUAAAGGUGUUUUUUCUACAUCCUGGUA